AUGACUUGUGGAACAAACAUAGAACUAUUGGAGAUUCGAGGUACUCUUCCACCUAGCGUAGUGGAAGAGGCUCCAACAACGACAACUCAAGCUCUACCCACAGUCUCCCAAGCAAUCAGGACGUUGAGGGAUGCAACUAUCCCAACUGUUGCCGCCGAAGAACUCACCCCCACCGCAACGGUACCUGAUUUUGACAAGGAGGCAAUCAUUGAGCGGCUAAAAACCCUCUUAGAAGACCCUUCAGUGAUAGAAACCAAGCCCCUGAGACAUGUGAACAGAAAGAAGCUUAUGGAGCUGGAGGAAACAUCUCUCAUCAACUCAUGUAUAGCAGAGAUUCCUACUUCUUCAAUCACUGAAACCAACACUCUAUUGCUUGCAGGAGCACAUUUAGUCAGCGAAAGACUUGGUGAAAAACCUGCAAAUAAGAAUGCAGAGAAGCGGAAAACUCCGCUAUGGAAAAGAAGAAUCGAAGAUAAGAUUACCCAGGUGAGGAAAGACAUCUCUUAUCUUGAGGAGAAGAAGAAAGGUAUUACCCUUAAACAAAAAAUACUAGAAGGGCUCAACAGACGUCACCCCCUGUUGAAGAAAAAGGGUAUAUCAUGCAUCAUUGAGGAGCUCAAGCAACGUCUACGUGCAAAAGCAGCUAAGAUAAAGAGAUUUAAUAAAAGAUGCGAACGAUACCACCAGAACAAGUUGUUUGGAAACAACCAGAGGCAGUUCUACAGAAACCUUCAAACAAACCCUGAAGAACAGGAUAUCUCCCACCCUGAGGCUGACAAGGAUUCUUGUUUGAAGUUCUGGAAGAACAUAUGGGAGCAGCCGGUUGAACAUAACAGUGAUGCUGAAUGGUUACCGGAUGUCAGAACAGCACUAGCCUCAGCAGAUGAACAGCGACAGUUUGUUAUAACUAACACCCUGGUUGCAGAUAGAGUGAAGAAAAUGACCAAUUGGUCCUCUCCUGGUACAGACGGACUGCAUGCUUAUUGGAUAAAGCACUUUAAAGAACUCCACAAUAGGAUUGCAGAUCUACUUAUGAAUUGCCUAACCAACGCUGAUAUCCCUGACUGGAUGACAUUGGGACGCACGUACCUGCUCAUAAAGGACCACUCCAAAGGACCCAUCCCAGGCAAUUUCAGACCUAUUACAUGCUUAUCAGCUAUGUGGAAACUGUUCACUGGUCUAAUCUCAGAUUCCAUAUACAACCAUUUAGACCAGCAAAAACUCCUCCCCCCUGAGCAGAAAGGGUGCAAGAAGAAGAGCAGAGGAUGUAAAGAACAGUUAAUGAUAGACAAACUCAUUCUGAAGAACUGUAAACGAAGGAAGCGGAACCUGAACAUGACGUUUAUAGACUACAAGAAGGCGUAUGAUAGCGUCCCACACUCUUGGAUUCUGUCUUGUUUGACCAUGUGUGAUAUCUCUUCAUCCAUCAUAGAUCUUUUUGAAGCCUCCUUCAAGCAAUCGUAUGUUAACCUGAUGCUUGGAUACUCUCUGGAGAAGGGAGGUCGACCGAAAGUGUCACAUAGGCUAUACAUGGACGACCUCAAGUUGUAUGCCGAGAGUGAAGACGAAAUGCAAACACUGGUUAAUACCACAGCAGAGUUCAGCAGUGACAUAAAAAUGGAAUUCGGGCUAGAGAAAUGUGCCGUGGUGAAGGUGAAGAAGGGAGCAAGAGCCGUUUUCGAAGGCAUCUCCCUACCCACAGGUGAACAGAUCCAUGAGUUGGAGGACGAGGGCUAUAAGUAUCUGGGAAUACUAGAAGCCAAUAAUAUACUGCACAAAGAGAUGAAAGCACUGGUUACAAAAGAGUAUAUCAGAAGAGUUAAAAAGGUUUGA